GUCGGCCACUGACGCAUCGCGCCCCGGACACUGACACAUCGUCGACCAUUGUGAGAGGUUAUUUUUAGCGCUCUUCAGCUCGCCCCGACCACUGAUGCAUCAUCAGUCAGCCGGGAUACCUUCUCCGGUUCCAGAAUGCCGUCGCCAGCAUAUCUCUGCGACGCGAGCCUGGCUCUGGUGGAAAUCAUGACACUGUCACGAUUUCCUUGCCUAACAAAGCACGUUGCUCUGCAACGAUGCUGUCGCCGGCGAGCGACCCUGCGACCUUGUUGCCGGUCUACUUAGACUCUCCCAUAAGUAUUCUUCUGCCAUAAUGCGGUCUCCAGCACUCCACUGACAUGACACACAAUCGCCCAUCUAGGGAACACAAGGAUAUGUCAGCUAGGGUUUGAGAGGAUUUCUCUCUAGUACCAUUGUUGUGAUUCUAAAUGUGUGUAUUAAUAUAUACCUUUCACGUGAUGCUUUCUGGGUGCUCCAUGUAUAGCUCCAUUAUCCACUCAUGAAGCCACCACCUCCGUUGACUACUUAUUACCCCAAAGCUUUCUCUCAUUUCAUUCCACUAUGCAAGCAACUCUACAAUAGAUAAUGGAGAUCACAAUAGCUGUUAUAUGCCGCCCUCCUCUAUAUAAUAUGGCUUCAGGUUCCGCUCCCUAUCUUGCUAUGGAGUAAGGAGGAGGACUUGGAUAAGCCACAAUGGUCCGCAGUUCUGAUCUUUCUUCUGUUCUAGUCAUCGUCCUGCUCUGCCUCUUUGCAGGUAGCUUCGCCACAGCCGGAAAAAAAUCCUCCGCCGAAUUCGUGCGCGUCUCCUGCAAGGUCACGUCGUACGUGGAGGUGUGCGAACAGAGUCUCUCGUCCUACGCGCCUGUGGCCCACCGGAGCAAACGCCAGCUGGCCCGGCUCGCACUCACCCUCACAGCUGACAGCGCCAGCUCCGCCUCCGCCUACGUCAGCCAGGUUGCAGCGGCCACGGGAGGCAAGAAGAGCCUCCGGUCGUCGACGCAGGAGGCAGGCGCGAUUCGGGACUGCAUCCAGAUCAUGCGCGACGGAGUGAACCGACUGCGGCGGUCGAUCCGCGAGAUGAACCGGAUGGGUCGACUGGGUAGUAGCCGGUUCGAGCAGCACCUGUGCAACGUGAAGGCCUGGGUCAGCGCCGCGCUCACUGACGAGAACAUGUGUCUCGACGAGCUAUCUCAGUUCGCCGGAGCGGCGGUAAGGGAGUCAAUCAGGAAGAAGGUGGUGGAGUUAGCCCAACUCACAAGCAAUGCCCUGGCCCUCGUCGACCAACUCGACCCGUAGGGAGAGUCUGAAAGAUCACUUCAUAGAAAUCAAGAGUAGAGAGGUCAUGGUUUGACUUAUCUGUGCAUUGUACGUGGACAUGUAGCUACGUUGUUUGCAUUUACGACUUCAUGAGGGGAGCUGCAAAGUAUGGCAUGACUGUGAUUGAUGUGUUUAGUUAUGAAUCAAUUAAGGAAAAAGGUGAGAGCAUAAUUAGUAGUGUAUGAAUUAAGUUUUGCUGUGUAACCACGGUAUAUUAAUGGUUAACAAUAAUACCCUAUAGAGAGUACGCUAGUUUUAAAUCUAUUUAAAA